AUGGUCGACCGGCCCAACAAACCCACCGCCCUGGCCACCACGCCCGGCCUUCCUCCCCAGGCCACCGUCUCUAUAACCCACGCAAACUCGCGCGUCUCCGCGACCCUGCCCACCGGCGAGUCCGUUGAGGUCCUCCUCCACGGCGCCACCGUCCUCUCCUGGAAGUCUGCCGACGGCGCCGACCGCCUCUGGCUCUCCUCCUCCUCCGCCCUCGACGGCUCCCGCCCCGUCCGCGGCGGUAUCCCCCUCGUCUUCCCCGUCUUCGGCCCCCCCUCCGACGCCCACCCGCCCACAGCCUCCCUCGCUCAACACGGCUUCGCCCGCAGCUCCCGCUGGGAGUUCCUCGGCAAGUCCACGAGUGAAGGCCCCGCCGGCUCCGAGUCUUCCGUCAAGCUCGACUUUGGCCUGUCGUCGGCCAACCUCGACCAAGACACGCAGGCCAAGUGGGGGUACAAGUUCGGCGCCAUCUACAGCGUCUCGCUCGACCGCGACACCUUGUCCACCGCUUUGGUCAUUACCAACGAGGGCGACGAGGCCUUUGAUUGCCAGGUCCUGCUACACACCUACCUGCGCGUGAACGACAUCACAAAAGUCACAGUCCAGGGCCUCGACGCCGCUCCCUACACCGACAAGGUUGACGCCGGCGCCGCCAAGACGCAAUCCGGCGACGUCGCCAUCACCGCCGAGACGGACCGAAUCUACACGCCCACCGCCGGCCCUAAGGCCCCUGUCGUCGUCCUCGAGGACGGCCGGCCCAUCUACUCGGUCGUCCGCGACAAUCUCGACAACGUUGUCGUCUGGAACCCCUGGGCCGACAAGGCCGCCUCCAUCGCCGACUUCUCCCCGGACGACGGCUACAAAAACAUGCUCUGCGUCGAGCCUGGUGCCGUCAAGGGCUGGCAGAAGGUCGAGCCUGGUGACGCUUUUGAGGGUGCCCAGGUCAUCACGGCAAAGUGA